AUACAUAGUGCGUGGAAUAUUUUUCGAUCGAUCAUCAUGCAUCAGAUGGAUGGGGUGCUAAACAUCCAGCCAAGGUCUCUUUUACUAUCUGUCUUUCUAUUCAUUCCAAUCGGAUAGUUAGUCAGUCAGUCAGUCAUUCUACCAGUUAAAUUGCCAGUUGUUGGUUGCUGCUGCAAGAUAAAUUUUCUUUCCCGCUUUCGUAUCAAAAUAAUUGGUUACGACAUUGAAACAGUACUGAGCUGCUUGCAGAACCGACUGUUUAUACGCUUCAAUGGCGGCAUCGUUAUUACCAUCGUCAUCCACAAUAAUAUUGAUAUUACUUUUCAUCAUCUAUUAACGUGUUCUCAUCUACCUUAACUACCAGCUAAGAACAGGAAACAAGUUUUUUUUCUACAAAAUAUCAACACUAUAAUUCUCUGUUUGUUGUCAUGUCCAUCAUAUAAACUGAUGAACUGCUUUCGUUUUUCUGGUAUUUCAUUUUCUUCUCUGUGAAUGACAACAUGUAGAUGUUGUCUAGUGGUAGCUAAUAUUAACAGAACAAGAUAAAUAAUCGGUUUUGUAGCUAGUUCACUGACAUCCAUCCGAACAAUUUUAAUACUGCGAAUAAGACUAAGAUAUCGACUGCUGCUUCUUGCCAUUUUGUCUACUUCUUUAUUCUACGGCCGCAGCAACAGUUCUUGUGUGCGUAUGGGUGCAAGUAUGUAUGUGUGCAUGUAUGUAAUAUGAGUGAGUGCCAAGCUUAUUAUUGCUCCCACUUCCAGUUUUCAACUUUCUGUUAGAGUGAGAAGGAAAAAUUUAGCAAGUGAUAAAAAAAACAAAACAAAGUGGAUGGUUACUUCUCAGCAAUAUCAAAUCUAUUCAUGUGAAAAUGACAGUAGUUUUGCGGAAAAUAAAUAAACAGAACGAGUAACAACAAAAGGCGUUGUUUAACCUAACAAAUUUUCCAUAUAAUUUUUCAAUCGGGAACCACCACCACCGCCGCCGCCACCACUGCUACCUCUACCACCAUCACCAUAACAUCAAAUCAACAGUUCCAACCGUUUAUAUAACAAAUGCGCUACACACCCUGACAUCAGAUGUAUUUCCUAAAUCUCAAUUCCGUAUUCUCUUCUGGCGAAUUCUUCGGGAAUUUAUUAACAAGUCUUUGAUUAACGAUGUCGACUCGAAAGAAACGUUGGAUUAUUUCUAUAUAUUCUCUUCGUAUAUUUUAUUAGUAGUUAAAUGUCUAAGUAAUGGCACCACAUACAUCAUCGGUCAGUUGGCCAUAGGGUGCCAUUCUGUUAUUCAUAUAUAUAUAUAUAUAUAUAUAUAUAUAUAUAUAUAUAUAUAUAUAUAAUUUGAAGUAGUGUGAAAAAUGCCUAAACGAAAGUUUGGAAAUGGCGUGGACUAUGAUCAUUCCAUACCUUUGCCCAUUCAGUCCUUCUUCUGGCGCCAGACAAGUAUGUUCAUCCGGCCCAAGCUGGUUAACAUCAUUGAAACAUCCUGUUUGUCGUUUGAACGUGUGGUGGUACAAAAUAUUCUCCAUGGUUUAUCACCAAGCUUAUGUGAAGCUAUACACAGUGUAUCAAGGUGGAAGGUCAUUCAGACAGCUUUUCCUCAUGUGUUACAUGCAUGUGCUGCUCUUCUCGCAGAAAGAAAGCAAAGAGAUGCUAUUGCAAAGUUUACCAACUGUGAAACAAAAUUACUCUAUACUUUACAUUGGAUUCUUUUAGAUGCAGCAUCAGAAUGUGAAGACAAUUGGGCAGAAAUGAAUCAGGGAGCUCCAAGUGGACGUACUUACAUGCAUGCACUUGGUACCAUUCAACUUUUUGUGUACUUACUAGCACCACUAGUACACACCUUAUCUGAAACAGAUUUUCAGAGUUUGAAAUUGGAGAAUGGAUUAAGAAUAUGGCAGCCUUUGAUAGAUCAUUGCCUCCCUGAUGUAUCUUGUUUCUCAUCCCUUGUCAAGCCUCAACGCAACAUCUUGAAAGCUCAUCGUAGCAAUACAAAACAUAACACCAAUGCUGCCAACAUAUACAUCGGUAAAGGUUGCUCUGAGCAGAAUCUUUAUCAUGGUGUUGAACUUUGUAUUGAUGAAAAAGAAGACUUAAACGUUUUCAGUGGUAAUGAGCCUACAUCUCCAUUAGCACCUCUUGCACAUAUGAGUGACAUCUGUGCUUUGUCAAGCUCUGACAGCCAAUCUGCCACAGUUGAUGUUGUCUGUGAAUAUUGCAAUUCUGUUGUGCCUGUUCGUUCAAGUAAAAAUGGUACAUGUAAAUGUAGAGGGAAAAACAGUAGCAUCAAGUUUUCUUUUGAUUCAAAGCUUUCUGUUUUGCCUAAGGUACCUGAGACUCCACCAGAUAAAGAUUAUUUAAAUCAGAAAUUGACAAGUGCUGAUACUAGUUGUUCAAAAAGCUCUAGUUCUACAUCUCCUGAUGUUUUGUCUGCUUGCUAUUUUGAUAUUGCAGUACUUAGGUGUUUAUUUUGCCUACAUUGGCCUGAAGAUGGUAUUUAUUGGGCUUUAAAGUAUAUUCAUCGUCGACUUUUAGAGAUAUGUGAUGAAUAUGUUAGAAUGGGACAUUCAGAACGUGAACGAAGCAAGUCUCUACCAAUUCCAAGUAUACAAGUGCUACAAAUGUAUUCUGCCAUGCCCUAUCCAUCUAUGAAUGUACAGGAUUCUGUAUAUUCUCCCUGUACUCCACGGCGCAAGUCUUAUAACACAUCCAACCAAAAUCUUUCAUCCACAAAUCUUUCUCAAGCACCCACCACACAUAAAGAACCACCCCAUAAACGCAUUAGAGUAACCGAACUAAAACAGUUGUUUGAUUCUUCACGCAACAAGAAAUACACUGCCGAACCAGAAGAAAAUGAAUUACGUUCUCUAAGAAGUACACGUGCUGAACCUUCAAACAUUUCUCUCAAAUCUCUCAAAGCAGAUUCUUCAAGUUCUUGUACUUUAUCAACAUUAGACACUGAUUCUGAUUUUCCUCGACCAAAUUCAGCAUUUGCCAAUUACCUUGAUGUCAAGAAAGAUAGCAAGUCAGAUGAUAUAUUUUCUGAUCCAGCCCGUCGUAAAAGCAUGCCCUCUCUACAUCAGUCAGAUAAGGAUUCACUGGCUGGGACUAAUCAGUUAAGCAAUCAAGCCUCUCCUUGUUCAGGUAGGGUUGAUUCAAUGCCUGUUGGAUUAAAUCUGAAAUCCAGCCAACAGCCAAGUCAACGAGAACAUCUUUUACAUCCUAUAAUAACCAUCACAGAACAUAGUCCUUGUGAUACAACACCUCUGGCUGCUCCACCUCAAUCUCCUAACUUAUCUGACAGACAGCGUCGAGGCAGCAAUGACUCCAGAAGACAAGUCCAAGACUUCAGCUCAAUAACAACACUGAACAUGGCACGCAGCAUGACUGAUUCUAAUAUUGCAUAUUCUACUGAAGAUGAUAUUCAGGAAGCUUCAGGAUCUGUUUACUAUAUCCAAGACAAUGGCCAAUUUAAUUAUGGCAUCAUUCUAAAGGCAGUACAUUUUGUGUCCAUGAAUGAACACAGCCCAAGAAUAUGUGAAGUGUUGUUGAAUAUUUUAAAUUCACUUUUGGAUCUAGAUAUUAUAGAUAUGAAAAAGUCUGAGUCAGAAGCUUCCAAACCAGAUUCUACUGGUGUUAUUGAUGAAAAUGCUAAGAAAUCAGAAGACAAGAAAGAAACAAAUAAAAAUGAAGAAACUACUUACUGUAUUGCUAUGGAUAGUAUUGUGAGGAUAUACAAGUCUCUUGGAUGUCCCCAGGGUUGUGGUGAUGGUGUCAGGGGUACCAAUGGUGAAAAUCUUAGGCAAAAGGGACAAACCUGUUUACAAAGACUUCAAAGAGGGAAUCCGUCAUUGUUUCGGAAAUAUCUACGUGAUUCUGUUCAUAGACAUUCAAUCCAAGACAGUGUGGAUUUUAUGCAUUCGAUACUUGGAUUUUGUAUUGAGUCAGGAAGUGUAGUUCAAUCUCCAACUGGUCACAAGAAAUGCUCACCUUCUGAGAGUAGUGCACUCAACUUUUCAAACAACUUUGGCCAUAGUAUAGGUGGUGUUGGUCAUCGUGGUGUUGAAGGUGUUAUAGUAGCCAACAUUCUCAAGCCUUUAGUAUCUAAAUGUGUUGAUAGUCUCAAAGAACUUAGCAGCCAAGAAAAUAUUAGUUUAUUCUGUGAUGUACGUCAGUUGAUAUCACAUGUAAAGGAAGUACAUGGUGGAACCUUACGCCGUGUUGCACUUAGUGGAUUAUUAGAUUCUCUUGAAAGACUUAGAAAAAAGAAAACAGUUGAGAAGGAGAAAGAGAAUGAUAGAGCUAUUAAAGGAACCCCCUUAUCAACUAGACACACUACUUCUGGUACAUCUGACAGUGGAGAUGAAAAAGAUUGGCAUAAAUCCUCUUGUGUGAGUGUCCACGAAGAAUCUGCUCCUGUAAAGAAUUCACGACGAUCCAUAUUUCGAAAGAAAGUGAAAAAGCCAUUGGUGACACCCUAUUCCACUGCCAGUGAUUCUGAAAUUCUUGAAGAUACUUCCUUUUACAAACAAGGCUCCAGACUUAGUAUGUCUGCAAGUGAGGAUGACCCUCCAUCUGGAAGUAAUACUCCAAAACGUAGAUUCAGUAGAUUUCAGUUAGGCUCCAAGCGUCAUGUGAAAUCAGACCAUGAAGAGGACAUUGCUUGCGAUACCCCAAUAUUAGAUCGCAGAGACAGUCGCAGUGAGACUCAUUUCAACCGAGUUAAAGGCAAAAUGUCCUUCCGUGCUGCAAGCCAUGCAACAUUGACAUUUCUGAGUGCCAGGAAGAGGAUAGAAGAUGGUAUAAAAAUCCUUGGAAGACGAAUGAGCCGACGGGGCAGUGUAGAUGAUGCUCGGGCAACUGGUUCAAAUGAUAUGACGGACCAUGGAGAAAAUGAUAUUUGGUUCCGGAGAGAGAAAAAGCUGGUUGAUCAGUAUGUCAUCAAAUCUGGAAUGAUGAGAUUCUCAUUUUUACUAGAAUGUUGUGCUCCAGGUUCUUUACCUGAUCCGCAGCUUGUUGCUGCAAUGUUGACUCUGGCAACACCAGUGAUUGCCCGAGCAACUUUGUUAUUGGAAUGUGCCCAUUUUAUACACCGUUGUAACAAUGGGGAUUGGCCAAAUUGGAUGAAACUCAACUUACCAACAUUUCGUCAUUCAACUGCAGCCUUGCAAAGCAGGGGGCAACCUUCAGGUUAUAGACGUAGCUUGGUCUUCCAAAGAGCAGCUGGCAAGAUGUUUUAUCAAUGGGCAGAGACUUUGGGAAGCCAGUUGGAAUACAUCAUGGCUAAAGAAUACACCGAUAAACUAACUGUUAUCGAUGAAGUUACUGAUGAGCUGCGUAAAAGAGAAUUGCGAAUGGAAGAUGAAAAUGAAAAUUUUUUAGAUGAAGCUACUGUAAAUUUUACUGGAGCUGAAUGCCCUUAUGCCUUGAAAAUGGUUGCUUGCCUAGUCCUCCUGGAAAUUACAACUUUUAUGAGAGAAACCUAUCAAUAUAUACCUAAAUCCCGCAUGGGAAAAAGAGAUGCUGUGUGGGAGCGAACAGCAAGUACAACUCGAAGAUGGAGUAGUGGAAUUGGUAGUCCUGGACAUUCAGAGAAAAGUAUUGAAUCAAACAUAGGAGAUGUUCCACAAACUAUGCAGUCUGGUUCAACAACUGUUGGAAGCCCAACAGAGAGAAAAAUAAGUUUUGCUGUCCAGGCCGAGCGAUCAGAUUCAAUCCAUAGUAGUAAUACUUCACUGUCAGUUGUAGAAGGAACAGAGGAAAGAAAAGAACUACUGGUGGAACAUAGCGCUUCCGCUGCUCACUCAGCCUGGAGAAGACUAGCCCAAGGUCGCCAGAAAUUACUGAAGCAUUUUAGACGAAGUUCUGGUCCUGGGCAUAAUUCAAGUUUCCGUCACAAUAGGAGUUUCCGGUUGAAAAGGCAAGAAGGCGGGAGUAUCAAGCGGUUUGGAAGCAUACGUUCCAGAAAGAUUAGUAGUCAGUCUAUCCGGUCAGAUAAAAAGUUUUUAGAAGAGGAACAAAUGGAAGGCGGUGAUUCACAACAAGCUACUAGUGACCAUGAAGCACAAGAAAGUCACACUGAUCAAGAUGCCUACGACGAGAAAAACUUGGGUCAAAAUAUGCCAUGGAUUAAAAUUGUUGUCCAACUUGCCAAUUUGUCUAAUUUCAUUUGUACUCACCAAAAUUAUUGUCACCCAUAUUGUUAUGAGCGACAGCGGCGCAGUUGUUCACGCUUAAUCACAGCAGUAAAAAAAAUAUAUGAAUCUGUAAAAGAAGUUGAAGUGAAGAAACCUCAUAAAGUAGUUGAACUGAGUUCUACAUUGCAGAAGGAUAAACUCAAAAGAAAAGAGUCCCUUUUUCAGCAAGCAUCGCCCACUCGUAGAAGGGAGAGCACUCCUCUCCUUGAGAAAAUUAAAUCAGACGUAUCCCUCUCUAAAUUAAAAUUAAGCUCUCCACAUUGGAAGAAAGAAGAAAAGCCACACAAGGCAAAAGCUGAACCAUUACCAAUUGUUAAAUAUGUCACCACUCAGGCACAUAAUCUUACCCAGUCCCCAAUGGCAGUUGUGACUAAGGCAGCACCAAUAUUAUCCGAAAAUACUUUUGUUGAUAUGAUGCCCGUAGCAUGGGAACUCAUUUUGGAAAGUGAUCAGGAAUUGGCUGCUUCUGCAGCUACUGUGUUCCUGCUAACUUCUGUGAAGGCCCCAGAUAAAGCACAAGCCAUGCUUGUAAGAGAAAUGCAGCAUGAAGAUGUUAACCAUCGAAUCAAUUCCAUUCUAAGAUUUGGUACACUUUGGCAAUUUCGCUACCAAGUAUGGCCUCGCAUGGAAGAAGGUGCAAACAAUAUCUUUAAGGUCCCUCCACCAAAUAUCGACUUUACAUUGCCUUCACCAACAAUUGGAUUACCUAGUCAAACUGUUAUAGAUCCUCCAUGGAAACCACUCUUUAAAGCAAAGAUUGAGGAAGUUACUUUAAAUCAAGAAGAAACAAAAACUUUAGUAACUGCAACAACCACUCGUCGCAAACAACAGCAAGAAAUGAUUCUGCGUGCGCUGCGUGCUGAAGAAGAACGCAAGAGAAUUGGCCGUGAAAAUUUCCCACUGACCACUACUCCAGUAUUGCAACUUGCCGCUUAUGAACCUGCCCUUCAUCAUGUUAGUGAAGAUCAUGAAGAAGUCAUAUCUUUGACUUCAGCUCUCGCUGUACAGGAGGAAAUAAACAUGGCUGCACGGCGUGUUUCUCUGGCCCCCAUCAAUCGUGCUAAUGUCCAAAGUCGUAGCAUGUCAUGGAGAAAUGGUAGCAUACACUGGGGAAGGCUAACCCUUGAAGAUCUGAAUCACUAUCAACCUAGUAUUUCUCCUACUCCAACUUUACCUCUUAUAGGCGAUGAAGAUAGAACUGAACAUAUGCACCACAUGCAGUUACUCCCAAGCUUUUUCCCAUCAUGUAUGUGUGUAGCAAUUCUACCAAUUCUUCAUUUGAUGGAUGAUUUUGAUGUAAACAAUGAUGGAAUGUCUGUGGCUGAUACAGCUCGGAAUGUGAUCUGGAAAUGUCUUGUUGAUGACCCUGCCUUAUUUCUCAGACAUUUUUUGGAAAAACUUACCAACAAAGAUCGGCAGGAGGAACUAAUAUUCUUACUAAGAAAACUGCUUCUUUAUUUUCGUGACUUACCAGCACAGAUGGCACACUCGUUAUUCAAUUAUUUGAUUGGUUAUGUUAUAUUCUAUGUGCGAACACCAUCUGAAGGUGGGAAGGAAUGUAUUGCUGGUGCUCUUUCUCUUCUAUGGCAGAUUAUACCAAGUGUCGAAGAGAUAUAUUUCAAAGAUUUAAAGCAGACAUUACGUAAAGAACAGUGUGAUCCUUUCCUUUUAGUUUCAUCUAACGUUCCAAGUGCUAAAAAGAUAAUUGUGCAUGGCCCAGAUUUAGCAAGCAUACCCUCUCAGUUUCCUAUACAAGAGGACACAAAAUUUUCUCAGAUUCUCACUGAUUCUCUGGAUUUCUUCAAUAUCCCUGAAGACCAGCAUAACUCUUACUUCAUUGUGGACACAAAAUCAAAUCAUAUGCACAACUUGAAUUCAUAUGUACGUGACUUUUAUUUUUUCCAUCGAAAUAUCUACCCACAACUGAGCUUAGUUCAUAUGAACCCAGACGCUGCCUUUCAAUCACUACAAAAGCAGGCUUUUGUCUUAAAGUUUGUAGAAUUUGGCAAAGUAUUGUUUAGUAAUGCUGUUUUACAAAGUACCCAGUCACACCAGGUUCAAAACCAUGUUUCAUUCUUGCAUGAAGAAUUUAUGAAGCUUCCAACUUUUCCACGUAAAGCGUUGGAAGCAGAAUUCAAUUUGUACUGUGGAAACUGGGGAAAGGAACUAUAUGGAAUGGAUACACUACACAAGUAUUCAUGGGUAAAAUUGAUCAAUACCAUGUUCUCAUCAAUGAGCAAGACAUUCAACUGGUCCAACGACCUACCUCUCUUCUUAAAUGUUCUCAAUGGAACUAUAGUGCUACAUUGUGAAGACACAGCUGUCCUUAGAAACUGUUUGGCUAUUCUUAUAAACACAUCAAAACAUUUUAAGCAUAUUUUUUCUACAAGUGGCUUCUUGCAUAUAAUGCCAACUAUUCUUCGAGUGUACAGCAACAACCAACCAAACACCGUCCUGUGUAAAGCUAUUGAGUUCACUUGCCGCCAAUUUUACAUCCUUCACAGAAAACCUUUUAUACUUCAGAUGUUUGGCAGUACUGCACCAAUUCUAGAUAUGGACAGCUGUGUAACAAGAGUGUUUGACUGUAAUAAGAUACAACCUGAGUGCUUAUUCAGAAUUAUCCUUGAUAUUGGUCAUUCUGUUAAUGAUAAUUUGGACAUCCUUGAUUUAGUGACUGGAGAGAAACCACUAAAGGCACUAGACUUUUGCUAUGAAAAUGAUUCUGGAAACUUUGAUAUGGUUGAUAUUGUAAAUAUGUGUGUGACUGUCAUUGCAUAUUCUCCUGAUUCCUUCCGGAGCUACCAAAUGUUGAUUGUCCUGGAAGUAGUUGUGCCAAGAUUUUUGAAACAUCUAAAGGAAGGAACUACGCAGAAAGAAAGCCUGAGUGCAGCUCAAGCAGAGAUCCAAGCUAUUACCAAUAUAGCUAUCUCAAUAAGAGCCUUGAUUAAUUCAUGUGAAAUAUUCACAAGAAAUAUGAGUAUUCCACAGCGUCACAUGGAGGUUGUAAAUGCAAGCAUGAAACCUAUGCAGAAUCAUACCAACUUCUCCACACAAACAUCUGGAUAUUAUUAUGAUGAUAAAGAAGAAUCUCAUACCAGCCGUGUUGGAGAUGAUGGCAGAAAGAAAGGAUAUGUGCCUGAUGAUGAUGUUGAUGCCAAGCAGGAAUUUCGUAAACCCCGAGAUACCUUGCUAUUCAUUUCCUCUGAGUUUUUCUCCAACUGUCACUUCCGUCUACGUGAAUUGCGAAAAAAGAAGGCUGACCCCUCACUCCGUCCUGCUGAUAAACCACCUGAGCUAUUUGACUCUAAAACACAUAAUCGCCUUGCUGAAAUUGCUCAUACAUUAUUGAAGCUAGCUCCAUAUGACCCCUACAGCAUAUCUUGCCCGGGAUUACAAAGUUACAUGGUCCAUGUCCUGCCAAUAACUGACUGGUCCCAAGAACAAAUUCGGCCUGCUUUAAUUCUCAUACUCCGCAGACUGGACAGACUUUUCAGUAAAGUUUCAAAAAAGUUGUUGGUUAGGCAAGGAUGUCAUGAGAGACAAAUUGACUGGGAAGCUGCUGCAAACUUACUUAAAGGUGUUUACUUAACCCUGCGCAAACACAGUUUUAUUGCUCAUCUUUCUCAUCUUAAGACUCUCAUCAAUGUAUUGAUUGGUUUAAUACUCUCUGGAAGCACCGGUUCAUCGCAAGACCAUAUGGUCCCAACUUUCUAUGGAAGUCACAAGAGUGACCAAAGCCAAGCUCUGCUGCCAGCUCCUUCAAUUUUUUGUUCAGCAGUCAUUAAACUUGUUGCAAUGCAAAUGCAAGUUCUUGGGGAACAAUUUUCUCUGGAACAAAUAUUUGGAGGAAUGUCUGUCUUCCCUUCAAUAGAGUGCUGUUUGAACAUGCUCGUUGAUUUUAUUCUGCCUCUCUGCAUCCGAACUGGCUAUGGAAGAAGAGAUUCGCCUCGGCUCCUUCAUGCCGACAUCCGAUAUGCAUUGUCAGUCGUCCUUCAUGCCGUGAAUCCACCUGUAAAACAUAGUAGCCAGUCUAAUACCAAAACGGGUAGCCAUCAUAUAAACAUUACUGAACAAGGCCAAUCAGAUAACUUUCUACCAACAGAAAAGUAUUUUGUGAAACCCGGCUGUAUAGAACUACAGGAACAAACUGCUUACCUUGGUUUGCAGGUCUUGAUGGUUUGUUUUGACAAUACUUUAGCAGCGGAAUGGCAUCAUGUGGCGAAAUAUGUUAUGGACAUCAGCACUAAAACUAGAGGAUCCCUUUCCCUUUGGAAAUUUCUAGACUUUAUUGUCACAUAUCGGCCCUCAAUAUUCCUCCUGCUUCAACCAUUCAUUCAGUUCAAGAUGAUGAAAGUUAAUUGUGACACUGCAGAAGAAUAUUUCUUACAGCAAAUUAUCAAAGACAAACUAAUGGGCGUCCAUUCUGUGAAUCAUCCUAAAUGUAAAGGUAACAUUCUCAUUCAGUUGACGAUAGAGUUACGACAGAUCAAAGAAGAAUUAGCAAAUGCAGACUUUUCUUCAGGUACUCCUGCCAUGCUUUCUGACCAGUCAGAGCUUUCUUACAAUCAAGCCACUGAUCAGCAGCAACAAAUAAAUGAAAUAACAGCUGAAAUUGUACCUCCCAAAUUUUCUUUGGGCAGUGUGGGAAAACAUUCCAGCAAAGGUUCCACUGUAUUUUCUCAGUCCAGUUCCAGUAGCAGCACACCAUUUAAAACUGCAACAACUAUUAAUUCAAGUGCUGGCAGUGGAAGUCCUUUGAUAAGUACAAGCAAGAAAUCAACCCGCAGAAUCAGUGCAAAGGAUGGUAGCCGUAUCUUAGACAAGUUUGAACGCAAGAACACAAUAGUAGAUGAUCCUUCACCAGAACCACCUGAAACUACCUCACCCAAAUUACAACGACAGUCUACAAUAUGUUUUCAAGUUCGUCAAGGAAGCCCUAGUAGGACUUCUCAACCAGCUGGUAUUGUCUUUGAAAAUGAAUGCUCUGAAAGUCAAGUAAAUGGUGCAGUAACCGGAGCUAUGACUGACGAAGAAGGUUCUGCAGAUGUUUCAAGCCAUGAUCCUGCCAAACAUCGUCUGCAGAGGCAAGAUGCCAAGAGUCGCAAAACAUUCAAAAUUAAAAAGAAAACCAAAACCACUAGUAUGAGACACCUUAUUUCUCGGCGUGGUUUACAAGACCAGGGGGAUGGUGAAAUAGUUACUUUACAUCAAGGUUCCCCAACCCAUGGACCUCUCAGUUCAGCAUUUGGUCCCGAUGCCCAAACAUUACAGUUACGUCGAACAGGAGCUGGAGCACCUAUUGCAAAAUCAGUCGAAGUUAUUCCAGAGGCUGUUGAAGUAAAGCAGCCCCGGCGUAAACAGCGCUAUAUCCAGAGGUCAAAAUCCCAUGAUGACCCCUCUGCUGAUAUCCAUGCUCCCGCAGGUACUGCCAGAGGUCGCAUUGCACGCCAGGGUGCACGCAUUGUCCGAUCUCGCUCUCCCUCAGGUAGCCCUGUACGCCACCAUUAUGAACACCACCAUCACCAGUCCACUAAUGUGAGCCCAGCGACCAGUCAAACUUACAUGGUCACUCGGUGUGACUCAUCAGAUUCAAUAAACACCAAUGAAAACUCAGCAUUACUCAAGGAUGAUGAGAAAAACCAAGCGCAAGCAGCACUUUGCAUCUAUUUUGAUGGGUCUGAGCUGGAUGACAGUGUAGAAGAAGAAACAAAUGUAUACAAAAGUAAAAAGAACAAAAAAACUAAAAAGAAACUUCCAAUCUAAAAAUUAGAAAUUUUAAAAGAAUAUAUAUUUAAACUAUUAUUUUUUUAAACAAUUUAGUUUUAAUUAUUUAAAGAUAAUUUAUGCAUUUAAAAUUCAAUUUUCUUUUAGUAUUGUUAUUUAAUUUUAACUGUAAAUGUAUUUUGUUUCAAAAGUAUUUUGAAUGAAAGAGACUAGUACUGCUACGGGAAAAAAUUGUUUUACUUUGCAAAUAAUUAUGAAAAAAACAUCUAUUUUAAAGAAACGUAUAUCUAUUUUGAUUCUUGUUGCUGAUUAAUCAUUCUGGUUGCUUGAAAUAGUUUGUCUUUUGGGUUUUUUUUUUAGUUUGUUUUUGCAUUUGAUAUAACCCAUGUUUAUUAAUAUGCUAUAAAGUUCUUUUUGUUUUUUAUUUCCUUUAUUAUCUGAUUUCAAAAUUAUAGUUCUCUUUUUAUGAUGAUGAUGAUUUUAAAAAUUUUCAUUAUUAUUACUGUUAAUACUAAUAUUAUUAUUAUAUCUAAGGUGGUGAGCUGGCAGAAUUGUUAGUGCAUUGAACAAAAUGCUUGAUGGCAUUUCUUGCAGCUCUUUACAUUCUGAGUUCAAAUCCCACCAGGUCAACUUUGCCUUUCAUCCUUUAGGGUGGGGGGGGUUCGAUAAAAUAAAGUACCAGUCAAGUACUGGGUUCGAUGUAACCAACCAACCUCUCCCUCUAAAAUUGCUGGCUUUAUGCCAAAAUUUGAAACCAUUAAUAUUACAUCUGCUACUACUAUCAUUAUUGUCACUAUUAUCAUCAUCAUAUUGGGUGGUGAAUUGGCAGAGUCAUUAGAACAUCAGAAAAAUAUGCCUUGUAGUAUUUGUUCCAACUUUUCAUGUUCUGAGUUCAAAUUUCACUUGAGGUCAACUUUGUCUCUCAUCCUUUCAGGGUUGAUACAAUAAAGUACCAGUCAAGUAUUGGGGUCGAUGCAAUCAACUAGCUCCCUCCCCUUAACAUUUUUGGCCUGGUGCCUAAAUCAGAAACCAUUAUUAUUAUUAUCAUCGUCAUCAUCAUCAUCAUCAUCAUAUAGGAUGGUGGGUUGGUAGAACCAUUUGAGCUUCAGAAAAAAUGCUUUGUAGUAUUUGUUCUGGCUCUUUACAUUCUGAGUUCAAAUCCUACCAAGGCCAACUUUGUUUUUCAUACUUUUGAGGUCAAUAAAAUAAAGUACCAGUCAAGCACUGGGGCAAUGGUAUUGAAUAAACCCUUCCCCUCAAAAUUGUUGGCCUUGUACCAAAACUAGAAGGAAUUAUUAUUAUUAUUAUUAUUAUCAUUAAUAUUGGAUUGGCUUGCACUACAUAUCUAGCAAUAAUAUCUGUUAAACCCUUCCAGGCCUUCCUUUACUGUAGUAAGAUUUCAUAGGAUAAGGACAUAAUUUUUUUAUUUUUUUAUUCUAUCAGGCUAUGGAAAACAUAUUCUAAGUGAAAGGUGUCAAUCAUCUCUCUUAACCAAUAGUAGUUAUAUCUCUUCAUAAAUAUGAGAUUGUGUUGAAAUUGCUUUGAAAUUUAUUAUUUCUUUUUGAUUUUUAAAUUUUGUCAUUUCUGUUAAGUAAAGAAAAAUAUUUUGUAAUUUACAAUAGUUUCUUCACUUCUAAUUCACUAUUUUGUGGGAUGUAAUGGCCACAUUUAUCAUUGUGUGAAUAGCCAUUGAAAUAAACACGCACACAUGUAAAGUUUAACUUUAAUCUGUUUAUAGACAAGCUGAUCCUAUUUUUUAAAAUCAAUGUUUACAACAUUACUUAUUCACAACUUGUUUGUGUUGUAGAAAUGGCAUUAUGAUGAGAUUUUAUUAAAUAUAUUUACACUACCUUUUAGCAAAUACGCAUAGUAGUCUGUUUACAUUUCACAUAUAAAUACUAGUAUUUAUCUUGUCUUUUCAAAUGUAUAUACUUGUUGAUCUUUAAAUUUUCUGGCAUCUUUUCUUUCAAAAAAAUACAGGUUUAUAAUUUUAACUUUUCAAAAAUAUUUUCAAAAAUUUCUUUGCAGUAUAAAUUAAGAUAAAUUUAUUUCACCAAAAAUAAAACAAAGAUAUAAGCAAAUAUUAGUAUGUAUACAAUUCAUAUAGUUAGUUUUUUAUUCAUAUAGUUAGUAUUUUAUUAAUUCACACAUAAACAUGCAUGAAUACAUACAUGUGUGUGUGUAUACAUGUGUAAGGUUUGAUUCCAGUAUUGCUUUAAAAACAAAUAUAUCUUUCUUCCCUCCUGUUUCAAUUAUAUGUAUACAUGUAUAGAGAGAUAGAUAGAAUGAUUAAUUGAUCAACAGUUAUACACAUUAUGUUAGCAAUGAACUGGAGGAAUGAGUUCUCAAUACUGCUUAGGGGAAUAAAUAAUUUUUUUUUAACAGAAUUCAGCAGCCCAUUCCAUAGGUUUCAUGUGAACAUAUUCACAGUUAUUCAGUCAGAGUUUAGAUUGGUGACUUUUUCUUGUUAAAAUACUAGAGUUGCUAUCCAAAUAUUCAAACCCAGAUUAUCUGCAAAUAUAUUUGCACAAAACCUAUGGUAUUGGACAACUAAAUUCUAUUGAAAUAUAAUUAUAUAAUAUACAUAUCAUAUCAUAAUG